CAGAUUCGAAGUUGAAAAUAUAUUCUCUGUAAUUUCGGGCGUUGUUUUGCCAAUCCCAUCUCUUCUUCGUAACUUUCCUAUUUAUAUUCACCAAUCCCCUUUACUUUCUCUUCACAACCAUUUUCCUUUUCUGCAUAAUCCACCAAACAUGGCGAUUUCCACCACUUUCUCCUUCUCCAUCGUCGUUUUUCUAGCGCUGUUCCUAUGUUUUUCCUCAUCUUCAUCGGCUUCUGAUUCGUCCAGCUUUUCAAUCAUCGAUGAAAACGCUAAACACCACUUGGAUAUCCAAAUCGGAUCCUCGCAGCGCUCCGAUGAGGAGGUUGCGGCUCUGUACGAGUCGUGGUUGGUUCAUAAUGGAAAGGCUUACAACGCUCUUGGCGAGAAGGAGAGGCGAUUUGAGAUUUUCAAGGAUAAUCUCAGGUUCAUUGAUGAACAUAACAGGGAAUCGCGGAGUUAUAAGAUUGGAUUGAACCGUUUUGCCGAUCUCUCCAACGAGGAGUAUCGCGCCAUGUUUCUUAGCGGUCGAUUGUCACGAAAGAACCGCCUCUCCGCAACUAAGAGUCGGAGAUAUGCGAUCGCGCUCGGCGAUGAUCUGCCGGAUCAUGUUGAUUGGAGGAAGAAGGGCGCUGUUACGGAUGUUAAAGAUCAAGGACAGUGUGGGAGCUGUUGGGCUUUCUCAACAGUUGCUGCAGUGGAAGGAAUAAAUCAAAUCACCACCGGUGAAUUGAUCUCUCUGUCGGAGCAGGAGCUUGUAGACUGUGAUAGAUCAUAUAACAUGGGGUGCAAUGGUGGUCUUAUGGACUAUGCUUUCCAGUUCAUCAUUGACAAUGGUGGAAUUGACACUGAGGAAGAUUACCCUUACAAGGGCAGAGAUGGCACUUGCGAUCCCAUCCGGAAAAAUGCUAAAGCUGUAACCAUAGAUGGAUAUGAAGAUGUUCCUGAGAAUGAUGAGAGCUCCUUGAAAAAGGCUGUGGCUAAUCAACCUGUUAGUGUUGCCAUUGAAGCUGGCGGCAGGGCCUUCCAACUUUACCAAUCGGGUGUCUUCAACGGACUUUGUGGAACUGAACUGGAUCAUGGUGUUGUUGCUGUUGGAUAUGGCACAGAAGAUGGAAAAGAUUAUUGGAUUGUGAGGAACUCAUGGGGUAAAAACUGGGGAGAGAAUGGUUAUAUCAAGUUGGAGAGGAAUGUAGGCAACAUUACCACAGGCAAGUGUGGUAUAGCCAUAGAGGCUUCAUACCCCACCAAGACAGGAAAGAACCCACCAAAACCUGCCCCUUCUCCGCCAUCCCCUGUGAGUCCCCCGAAUCAAUGCGACGAAUACUUCUCGUGCCAGGAAGGCACUACCUGUUGCUGUAUCUAUAAGUAUGGAAGUACCUGCUUUGGUUGGGGAUGCUGCCCGCUCGAGUCUGCCACCUGUUGCGACGACCAUUACAGUUGCUGCCCCCAUGAAUACCCCAUCUGUGACCUUGAUGCAGGAACUUGCCUGAAGAGCAAAGGCAGCACGACCGGAGUCGAACUGCUGAAGCGCGUUCCUGCUAAAUAUAACAGGGGCUGCGUUCAGAAGCUUGGCAAGAUGUCCACUGGUGCUUGAGAGGUCUGAAAUUGUAGUGAAAAGAGGACAGGACAAGGUGUUGAGAGUACAGAAAGAUGAUGAGAAGCAAGUUGAAGCUUUUACACAUACGUUUGCUCUUGUGGAGCUUUUCCUGUUUUUACAUUAUUGAAGUUUGAUUUUGUGUUAUUACCGCUUCUGCUUUCAAACGUUUCAUGAUGACUUUGUACAUAAAAGUUUCUUCCGGUGAAAACUUGCAACAAACUUCAUCUCUGAUGCUUUCAAUAUAAAUUGUAUAUUUAUGUCAAUCUCUUCAUGUGGU